CAAUAAGAAUUGUGUCAGUAAUUUUUUAAUUUCGUAUUCUUCCCUAGAUUAUUUUAAAUGAUUAUUAUAGGAUUUAGUAAUUUCUAAAAAUACUUGUAAAUGCAUUACAAUAUAAAUAUGAUAAGGCGCAUUGUUGUUUUUUGAAUAUUGGUAGGCAAGAGAGUCAUCGCAAUUAAAUUGGAUACAUAUUGGUAAUAAUUGAAAAUGAGCAAAAAACGCAGCCGUCAACCAGAUGCAAACAGUGAGAUGAUUGAUGGGUCUACCGAUUCUUGCGAUGAAUCUAGUAAUGCAGGUAGUAAAUGCCCCCAUAUCGUAAAGGGGGUAAAUUCUAACAAAAUUAAGAAAUAUGUCAAUAAAAUGGAAAAUAAUAUAGAAUGUUCAGCAUGUAUGAAAAAUAAAAGCCAGUCCUCGACAAAUAAAGAAGAGGAUUGCACAGUAAAUUCUGUGACAUUGAUUUGUUUACAAUGUGGGCACCAAGGUUGUGGAAAAGAGGAAUGUGGACAUGCUUUAGAACAUUAUAAAAAACCACAUAGUGACUGUCAUUGCAUAGUUGUAGAUAAUCUUUAUUGGAGUGUUUGGUGUUUUCAGUGUGAAACAAAAAUUAGUAUUGGCUGUAGAAGGAAGCUUCAAGAAACAGUGGAAUUUAUAAAACGGUCUGCCACGGUAAUACGUAAUCUAUCGCAGACUAACAUGGUGUUAACUCGGUGCCAGAAAGAGACUGUAGAUACAGAUGUACAAAAAGAUAAAGUUUUAUUGAACUGUCGUAAGGUUGGGGGUUUAAUGAAUUUGGGAAACACUUGUUUUUUCAAUGCAGUUCUACAAUGUUUAGCGCAGACACCUUUCUUAGUGAAAGUUCUCAACGAUCUACGUCUUCCUGGACAGAAAUUUAUUCUACCAGGAGGGAAACACAAGCUUGCCAAUAGUUCAGAAGAAGUCGAACUUCCACCCAUAGAGGGUACUUUGGAAGGCUGGGGCAAUUUCACUUCAGUUUUAUACAAGACACUCGUGGAAAUGCAAAGCUCUGAUGGAAAUCAAUCUUACCGCCCAUCGGAGUUGUUAAAUUCGUUUAAGAAAAAAACGAUGCAAUGUAUGGAUGGCGGGCAACACGAUUCACACGAACUUCUUAGACACCUUUUAGAAUUAGUUCGAAACGAGGAUCUUAGGAGAUACCAGAGUAUAAUUUUAAAGGAAGUUGGUUUAACCGAAAAAACAAAUCCAGAAGGGGUGGAAGACAACCUCAAGUCUCGUGUGAAAUUCUAUGGAAAUCAAGCUAGCGCAAGAUUACUUGGACCGGAUUUUGUUUUUCGUGGAGUUUUGGUCUCCAUGCUGGAAUGUCUAGACUGCCAUCAUUCUUCGCAGAGAACAGAACCUUUCUUAGACCUCAGUUUGCCAGUGAUGGUUGACAAACCACAGCCGCCAACGUUAAAAAGGAGAAGCAGUGGUUUUGAAGAUAUCUUCGAUAAAAAUAUCUCAUAUGAACCUUCAAAGUACCAAUUAAAAAAGGAAAAGAAACCUGUUCGAAAAAAUCAGAAAAAUAAGAAGCAAGAAAUGUGUGACUACAAAAAAUUUACGUCUAAUAGAAACAACACUAUCGAAGAACACAAUGGCAGUAUACUUAAAUUAGAAGAAAGUGACGCGGACGUUGAAGACAAUGUGGAAGCAGAAGUUCUGCUUCCAGAAAUCGGCGAAUCUGGUUAUAGUUCAGAGAAACAGUCAACAUUGGCAAGCCCUGCUUCUCCCUCGAUUGAACCAGUGAAAAUAGAUGACACGAUGAAUGAAGCGAUAUUAAAUAAUUACAUGCAAUUUAGUCCAGUAGAUAAUCUAUCUUCGAUGCAACUUCAAGACUCUCCCGAUGCAGGCUCGUUGCACAGCCCAAAUCCAUCGGACGAAUUUAUUAAAAACGAAUCGCAAACCAAAGUUUUGGAUAGACUAAAUAGUUCUGAGAGUUUAGAAAAUAAAAUGGGGGUUCAAACCGAGUUCCCUCUGCCUGUUUCUUUAGCAACGAACUCGGAUGUAACCAAUUCGGAAGAACCAACAGUCAGCUACGACGCGAUUACGUCGGAAGAAUGCUCUGGCAUUCCUGUUCUUGUUCCUGAAAAUGAUACAAAUACGGAAAAAAUUGAAAGAUCGAUAUCUAGGCUUAAUUUAGUUGAAUCUAGUACCCAUAAUGAAGAGGAAGCCACCUGGGUUCAGUGGGAAGGAAAAUGGAAAGCAAUCGAAUAUUCAAACGAGGCUUGCAACGGAAUCAAUGGUGUUUCUCUCGGGAUAUCGAAAUUAGAACUUGGCAAUUUGCAACCGUCUCAUAGUAGAUAUGCAACUAAGGAGGGAGAGUGUUCGAUUCAAUCCUGCUUAAAUCAAUUUACAGCUUUGGAAUUAAUGAGUGGUAAUAAUAAAGUUAGCUGUGAAGCUUGUACUGCCAGAGAGAGAAAGGUGACAGAGAACUGUAAGAUGAUAUGCACUCCGAGUACAAAGCAAUAUCUUAUUUCUCGUGUUCCGGCAAUUUUAAUACUCCAUCUGAAACGGUUUCAAGCGCAACGAGUUGAUUUUCGGAAAGUAACCAGGCAUGUUUCAUUUCCAAUAAUGCUGGAUUUAGCACCUGUUUGCAAAAGUCGUAAAAAAGGACGACUGUAUGCGUUAUACGGUGUCGUUGAACAUAGUGGAACCAUUCAUGGAGGACAUUAUGUUGCUUACGUGAAGUCACGUCAACCGUUAGCGUCAGACGAUCCUCGAUGGUCCUUUUUGCCAUCGAAUGAUACCGGGGACCGGAAAGGAAGCUCGUCAUCUACAAGUUCCGAUUCUGAAACUGAAGAAGCAGCAGCAGACCUGUCGUCUACAGUGGAACCUCCACCAGGAAAGUGGUAUCAUGUUUCGGAUUCUAGAGUAACAGAAGUCGAUGAAACAACUGUACUUCAAAGCCAAGCUUACCUUCUCUUUUAUGAACGAAUUCUCUGAAUUUCACUUGCUAUCGUCGCAGGGGAAUAAAGUGUGAAAAAUUAUAAUGUUUCGGACAACAAAGGGGGAUCCAAAAAAUACUACAGUGGACCUAUUAUGUGGAUUAAUUAAGAGAUACACGAAGAUUCGUUUCUGACACAAUUCUUUUGAACGUGAAAUGUUGUGAUUGUCGAAUAUGUAGCUUAUUAUUGUAUUGAUUGAAAACUUUUACAUACAUCAUUUCUCGUUAUAAUUGAUUACAGCAUUAAAUCAUUGUUAAAAUAUUAUUUCAAACUUUAUUACGAAUAGUCACAUACUUUGAUGUUUACACGUUGCCAGUUAUAAAAGCUUCAUAUUGCCAAAUUAUAAAAGAAAAGGAUUAAAUAAAGUUAAGAUCCUUUUAAUGAAAUUGAAACGAAGGUUUUCAUAUAAAUUAGAUAAAAAGAAACCAUUUGAAAUUUA